UUGCAGAAACGUCUGACGUUGUUUUGGCGCGGAACGUUUCAAUCGCAUUUCUGCGCGGGUAAUGUCCUUUUGUUGUUAGCUAAACACGAAGUURAAUUGUAGUGUAUAACCAGUAAUUUAACACAUCAGAAAACUACAAGACAGCAUGCAGCGAAGCAUAUCAUCUUUCUUUCAGCCCAAAACGGGCAAAGAGAAGGAGAGCAAAGAAAGUGAUGGACCGGUGAAAGACAAGUCGGUGAAAGACAAGUCGGUGAAAGACAAGUCGGUGAAAGACAAGUCGGUGAAAGACAAGUCGGUGAAAGACAAGUCGGUGAAAGACAAGCCGGUGAAAGACAAGCCGGUGAAAGACAAGCCGGUGAAAGACAAGCCGGUGAAAGACAAGCCGGUGAAAGACAAGCCGGUGAAAGACAAGCCGGUGAAAGACAAGCCAGAACCAGUCAAAAGGCCUCUCAAAGUUCAGAAUGGGGUCCAUGAAGAGCCUGAUUCGCCAGUAAAGAAGUUCACUAAACGCAGUCGUCAGAUCUUGGACAGUGAUGAUGAUGAUGAUGAUGAGGCUCCAGCCGGAAUAGAACAGGAGCAAGAGGACAAGGCUGUGCAACCCAAGGAUGAAGUAUUCAAGGCUGUUACCACCCCCCUGUCCCCCGCCUCUCCAGUGACCACAUCCGCCUCUCCAGUGACCWCAUCCGCCUCUCCAGUGACCUCAUCCGCCUCUCCAGUGACCUCAUCCGCCUCUCCAGUGACCWCAUCCGCCWCUCCAYUGACCWCAUCCGCCACUCCAGUGACCCCAGCUGCCUCCCCCACCCCUGGAACCCCUGACACCCCCACUUCCAUCUCACCUUCCGGAAUACCCAAACGCCGCACCGCAAGGAAGCAGUUCCCUAAGAGAAAGCUGGACAGCCGGAGUGGCAGUGAAAAGGAGGAGGAAGAACAAGGACAGCAGAAUAAAAGAGCAAAGGUUGAGGAGACACAGGACAGCACCGAGAAUGAAGAGGAAGCGAUGGACGUGGGAGGAGAGAACAGUGUGGAUAAGCCUGGGGUGGCGCAGAACAACCCGGAGGAGAAAGAGACGGAUGAAGAGAAGACCAAAGAUGGAGAGAAGGAGAAAGCACUUGAUGUGAAAGAGACCGCGACUGAGAAGGCUGAGGAGGAAAAAGGAAAAAGUGAAAAGGCUAAAGAGAGAAGCCCUAAAGAAAGAAGUCCUAAGGGUCAAAAGGCUAAAGAGAGAAGUCCUAAGGGUCAAAAGGUUAAAGAGAGAAGUCCUAAGGGUCAAAAGGCGGUAAAGGAUGAGAAAGAAAAAAGAAGUCCUAAAAAUGAAAGGAAGGAGGAGAAAGACAUGAAAGAAGAGAAAGUGUCAGAAAGCCCCCAAGCCAAGAAAGUCCCCACCAUCAGCAGUUUCUUUGCUCCCAGGAAGGCUGCUGUAAAGAUGGAGAGACCAGAGAAGAGUGAGGGAGACGGAAAGGAGAAGAGCGAGGGAGACGGAAAGGAGAAGAGCGAGGGAGACGGAAAGGAGAAGAGCGAGGGAGACGGAAAGGAGAAGAGCGAGGGAGACGGAAAGGAGAAGAGCGAGGGAGACGGAAAGGAGAAGAGCGAGGGAGACGGAAAGGAGAAGAGCGGGGAGUAUAUAAAGGAAGAGGCGACGGUGUCCCGUACCCCGGAGGACGUUAAAGACAAGAAAGGAGAGAAGACUGCCCAGGCCCAGUAUGACCCGUCCAGACCCAACUAUCACCCUGUAGACCACGCCUGCUGGAGCCGGGGACAYAGGGUCCCGUAUUUGGCUGUUGCACGCACCUUUGAAAAGAUUGAGGAAGAUUCUGGCAGAUUGAGGAACAUUGAAACAUUAUCUAAUCUCCUACGCUCUGUUAUCGUCCUCUCUCCAGAGGACCUGCUGUGCUGCGUCUACCUGUGUCUCAAUCAGCUGGGUCCUGCUUACAUGGGGCUGGAGCUGGGAGUGGGAGACACUGUUCUGAUGAAGGCUGUCGCCCAAGCUACUGGGCGACAGUUGGACAAAAUCAAGGCGGAGGCUGCAGAGAAGGGGGACUUGGGGUUGGUGGCUGAGAGUUCCCGUAACAACCAGAGAAUUAUGUUCCAGCCAGCCAAUCUUAUUGCGGGGGGUGUGUUCAACAAACUGAAAGACAUCGGGAACAUGAGUGGGAAUUCUGCCAUGAAUAAGAAGAUCGACAUCAUCAAAGGUCUCUUUGUAGCCUGUCGUUUCUCUGAAGCCAGAUACAUUGUCAGGUCGCUGGCAGGGAAGCUGAGGAUUGGCUUGGCUGAACAGAGUGUACUCUCUGCCCUGAGUCAGGCCGUGUGUCUGACUCCUCCAGGACAAGACUUCCCUCCGGCGGUGGUUGACGCGGGGAAAGGAAUGAGUGCAGAAAAACAGAAAGCUUGGAUAGAAGAGAAGAGCCUUGUCCUCAAACAGACUUACUGUGAGAUGCCCAACUAUGAUGUCAUCAUCCCAGUCAURCUGAAGGAGGGGAUUGAUGAACUCCCCAACCACUGCAAACUCACUCCAGGUGUACCGUUGAGGCCCAUGCUGGCUCACCCCACCAAAGGUGUAGGAGAGGUGAUGAAGAGAUUUGAUGAAGCUGCCUUCACCUGCGAGUACAAGUAUGAUGGAGAACGAGCACAGAUCCAUAUCUUGGAGAAUGGGGAAGUGCGUAUUUUCAGUCGCAACCAGGAGGAUAAUACCACCAAAUAUCCUGACAUCAUCUCCCGCAUUCCUACGGUAAAGAAUGAGUCUGUGAUUUCCUGUGUGUUGGACUCUGAGGCAGUAGCUUGGGACAGAGAGAAGAAGCAGAUCCAACCAUUCCAGGUUCUCACCACACGGAAGAGAAAGGAUGUGGCUGCAGCUGAUAUCAAGGUCCAGGUGUGUGUGUACGCCUUCGACCUGCUGUAUCUCAAUGGAGAGUCUCUAGUGAAGAAGCCCUUGUCAUGUCGCAGGGCUCUGUUGAAGGAGAGCUUCCAGGAGAAGGAGGGAGAGUUUGUGUUCGCCCGUGCCAUCGACUCAGACAACACAGACGUCAUCGCUGAGUUCCUGGAGCAAUCGGUUCGAGACUCCUGCGAGGGACUCAUGGUGAAGACUCUGGAGAAAGAUGCCACGUAUAGAAUCGCCAAGCGCUCUCACAACUGGCUCAAGCUGAAGAAGGAUUAUCUGGAUGGCGUGGGGGACACGAUGGAUCUGUGUGUGAUCGGAGCGUAUCUGGGGAAGGGCAAGAGAACAGGGACCUACGGAGGCUUUCUGCUCGCCUGCUACGAUGAGGACAAUGAAGAGUUCCAGUCGGUCUGCAAGAUUGGGACAGGGUUCAAGGAUGAAGAUUUGGAGCAACAUUAUAAAUUCUUAAAGGAGCAUAUUUUGCCAAAGCCACGCCCCUAUUACCGUGUGGACCAAUCAACUGAGCCCGACUUGUGGCUCGAUGCCGUGCAAGUAUGGGAAGUGAAGUGUGCUGACCUAUCGCUGUCGCCGAUCUACAAGGCUGGAAUGGGAUUGUGUGACCCAGAGAAGGGCAUCUCUCUUCGGUUCCCACGCUUCCUGAGGAUCAGAGAUGAUAAGAAGCCAGAGGAGGCCACUUCAGGAGGACAGAUUGCUGAUUUAUACAGGAAGCAGCAGGUUGUUCAGAAUCAGGGCGACAAAGCUGACCUUGAGGACUACUACUGACCUCUGACCUGAUCAGCUGCCCGUCCAGUCGCCAAUGACUCGGGUGAAAUCUCAAUGUGUACAUAAUUAUUAUUGUUUUUUUAAAUGAUGAACCUUGAAUAAGGCUCUGCCAAUGUUAUGACGUUAAACAUUUUGUUGUUGAGCCUAAGGCUUUUGUGUGCGGGGGGGGGAUUGUAUACACAGCAGUAUAAAGUACAGUUGUCAAUGACUCAAAUCACCAUAAUGUAUGUGAAUAAAGGCUUUUGCCAAUUUUAUAAUA